AUGAACAUGACCGCAAUUCCCUCCUUUGUGAUGAUCAACGAGCAAACCUUCUCCGUCAUCGACGUCCCCGGCGACGGCAACUGCCUCUUCCACAGCAUCGUGGCAUCUCGCAACCUCAACUGUGCCAGUGCCGAGAAGCUCCGUGGCCGUCUCUUCGACUUCGCUUCUGGUGAAAAUCGAGGGCUUUGUGCUCGCAUCCAUCAUCAACUCGGCGUCCACACCGAGAACUUUGAUGUGUUUCUGGCCGGUCUGGCGCAGGACAGGACAUGGCGGUCGAUGGUGGACGUGUCCAUCGUCACUUUGGCGUUCGGUAUCGACGUGGAAACCGUCGCCUUCACGACCCGGGGUCUGUUUGUCUUCUCUGCCAAGAGCUAUCCGCACCAACACUGUGGCACUCAGGAGAAGGAGCCCUCAGAAGACACGAUCCGCGUGUCUUCGUGGACCGCCGAGUGUGAAGGACGCAUCUCCCUCGAGGACAUCCGUGAAGGCAUGACGAGCAUUCACCAAGUCGGCGACAUCGCGCUGAGCAAGCCUAUCAAGUCUCGACUCCGCGAGCUUUACUACGGUCACCGCAUCGACGCCCUGGGCGAUGCGACGCCGGGCGAUCUCUUUCGCGUCAGACGCGACCGCGUCUUCGGUUUUGUCGAGAAGGUCUACGCCGACAUCAAGGACAAUCGCACUCGUCGAUGGAUCGCCGACGCCUACGACACGUGCGGAAUGAACCCGUGGGCGACCAACCAAGAUCGGUUCAAGGCCCACGUAGACGGCUUGAACAUGUCUGCCGCGAUGCUCACCAAUUUGCAGCCCUUCACCCUCGACUAGG